ACGAGUGGCAGGUCCAGCCGGGGUAGCCUUCUUCCAUGCCUCUCAGUUCUGGGUUUUUAAUUCAUUGCUGGAACCUUCUGAGCCGACAGAGCUGAACUGACUCCGUGUCGCCCGUGACUGUCUUGGGAACCUUCUGCAGGGUCACUGGAGGCUUGCGAACCCUCCCGGUGCAUCCAUGUAGCAAUGCCAAGUGAGUUCACCUCUGUAAAGCUGAGAAGUGAUUGCUCAAGGAACUCCCUGCAAUGGUACACCCGAACCCAGCACAAGAUGAGAAGACCCAGCUCGUUACUAAAACACAUCCGAAAGUGUGCAUUGCUUGGGUUUGGAUUGUGGCUCCUGUACAUCCUCAAGGUAAACUACACUGUCGAAGAAUGUGACAUGAAAGGAAUGUACGAGGUGAAGCCUGACCACAAAGAGAGAGCUCAGAGACAUGCUUGGCAAGUCGUACAGAAGAAAUGCCGGCCCAGGUUCGCGAAGAUGAGCAUGGCUCAGUUAUUUGAGCACAGGUACAACAUGGACUUGGAGCCUUUUGUGCAGAAGGUCCCCAGGGCCAGCGAAGCCGAGCUCAAGUAUGACCCUCCUUUUGGAUUCCGGGAGUUCUCCAGUAAAGUCCAGACCCUCUUGGAUAUGCUGCCUGAGCAUGACUUCCCUGAGCACCUGAGAGCCAAGGACUGCAAGCGCUGCGUGGUUAUCGGGAACGGGGGCAUCCUGCGUGGACUAGAGCUGGGCCACGCCCUCAACCAGUUCGACGUGGUAAUAAGGUUAAACAGUGCUCCGGUCGAGGGUUAUUCUCAGCACGUUGGAAAUAAAACCACUAUAAGAAUGACUUACCCAGAGGGCGCACCGCUGUCGGAUGCUGAAUACUACGCCAAUGACUUGUUCGUCACCGUUCUAUUUAAGAGUGUUGAUUUCAAGUGGCUUCAAGCAAUGCUAAGAAACGAAUCCCUGCCGUUUUGGGUACGGCUCUUCUUCUGGAAGCGGGUGGCAGAGAAGAUCCCACUCCAGCCGAAGCACUUCAGGAUCCUGAACCCAGUUAUCAUCAAAGAAACCGCCUUCGACAUCCUUCAGUAUGCCGAGCCUCGCGCGAGGCUCUGGGGCCAAGACCAGAACGUGCCCACGAUGGGUGUCGUUGCUGUUGUCCUGGCCACACACCUGUGUGAUGAAGUCAGCCUGGUAGGCUUCGGCUAUGACCUCAGCCGACCCAGGAGCCCUCUGCACUACUAUGACAGUCAGUGCAUGGGCGCCAUGAACUUGCAGGCCAUGCACAAUGUCGCCACAGAGACCAGGCUCCUCCACAGGCUGAUCCUGGAGGGCGUGGUCACGGACCUCAGCGGGGGCAUCCAUUGUGCCUUCUGAGCCCAGCAAACCUCACGGAGAGAAGCGGCGGGAGCCGGGAUGAGCCAACAGCCUCCACGUGCAUUUCGCCCCGAGGCUGCUUUGACGUGCAGCUGGAGUUUUUAAUCUUAAUUUAAAAAAAGGAACAACAAAAGUUUAGCCCUUCCCCCUUUGUCCUAUUUAUUUGAAUUCAGUGUUGGGUUUUGCACAUUUUUAUAAGUUAAUUCUCAGACUGGGAUUGGAAAGACUUUUCAAAGAGAAUUGUAUGGAAUGAUACUUUAUUGUAUUUUAAGGAAGUAAUUUAAUUUGCAAAAACUGUACUCUUGUAUUCUGCAAGUGAGUAGCCGGUGAGGAGGUGGGCGGGGCCGCUGCCCCUGUGGGGAUGGCCUGGGUUCUGCUGCUCUCCGUGGUGGAGCUGCUGGCAGAGAAACUCGCAGCCUCCCGAGUGAAGGGCUUACCCAUCGCCACUGGAAGGCGCAGGAAGUUGGGGCCACAGCCGCCGUCUGCCAGGAGCCUCCCGGGACUCACCCAGGGCAGCUGUCGCAGCGCUGCUGGCGGGCGAGCUGCUUCAUGCUGCACUACAGCCCAGCUGCAGGAGCACGUCUUCCCGCACCCGCAGGGCACUUGUAAACUUCCGGAGAAGUGUUUUUUCCUGCCCUUCCAGAGCACUUAUGUGUUACUUACAGUGCCGCGACGUUUGUUAGAGGUGGGGUGCAUCAAAAUUAUGACAAAGCCUUUGCCAUCCAGAGCCAUGAGGAGUGAUCCCUCUCCAGGGAUGGUCUCGUUUCUGAAGCACUGGAGUGAAAUCCUCCCAUUGCCAUAACUUAAUAAAAAGAUUUUCAAAUGGCUGACAGUGUAUACCAAGCAAUGUCAAAAAAAAAAAAAAAGUGGAAGAAAUAAAAGCUUCUGAGGAGGCCUGUGGCCUCCUUGUUGUGA